AUGAAGGUUUCCGUGAUCAUCUCAGCCCUCGCUGCCGGUACUGCAAUUCUUGCGGCACCAGUAGAACCCCAAGUAGAAAAGCCUUCAUCAGAAGAAAUACAAGUUGGCCAACCAGUCGAAAUCAAACCAACCUCAUUCCAAUUCGCGGAUUCACCAGAUGACAUUACAAAGAGGUCUGCUCCACCCGGAAACUAUUAUCAACAACCAUACAACCCCGUCAGCUACAGACCACCAACAGACACCUCCAGCUUCCUUCCCGAAUCCCAAUACCGGGAUGCGAUGCUCAGGGUCCAUAACAACUGCCGUGAAGCACACGGCGUCCCCGCGCUAAAGUGGUCCAAGGAUCUAGUCAAUUACGCCCAGUCUAACACCCCUACCUGUGCCUUUGCACAUAGCCGCAGCCUGGGACGAGAUUCAAUCGGUGAAAAUAUCCUCUAUGGACCUGGAAGCCCUGAGAGCAUGGUUCAGACCAUGUGGUAUGAGAAUGAACUCAGGCUUUAUAACUUUGGUCGCCAGGGCUUUGCAAUGUCUACUGGUCAUAUGACUCAGAUGGUCUGGAAGGCUACAACUGAGGUCGGUUGCGCGGUUAAGAAGUGUCCUCAGGGUACAUAUGUUAAGUGCAACUACCGCCGCCCAGGUAAUGUCAUGGGACAAUUCGAAGGCAAUGUUCCUCCACCAAGAAGCGCCGUGAAGAAUGUUCCCUCGCAAAACUAUAACAACUACAAUGCCCCGGCUCCAAAGAAUACUCCAGCUCCUAAGCCCAAGAACACUCCAGCUCCCAGACCUAAGAGCACUCCAGCCCCUAAGAACAACUACAAUUACAAUGCUCCUGCUCCAAAGAACAACUACAACAGCCCAGCCCCAAAGAACAAUGGAUACUACCAGACCAAUAACAACGGCUACUACCAGGCAAAUAACAAUAACAACGGUUACUACACUCCCCACAACAAUGGAAAUGCAAGGCCAAACAACAGCAAUAACCAAAACCGCAGACCUACUUACACUUACACUUACACUUACCGACCAUCAAGCAACUCAAACAACCAGAAGCCUAAGCCCAAUACUGUCAACGGCCAAAACCGUUACACGGGCAAUGGCGGCAACCGAGCCCAAAAUAAGCCUGCUCCUCAGUCCUAUGGCUCUUAUUAUGGAAAGCGAUCCUCCGCUGACUCUAGGCAGGAAGAGGCUUAG